AUGUGGAAAAGAAGAAACUCAAUCUGCACGUUGCGCUGUCAGAAGUUCCUGAUCUCACGGGUCGGGGAGGACUGGAUCUUCCUCAUCCUGCUGGGACUCCUCAUGGCAAUGGUCAGCUGGGCUGUGGACUUCUGCAUCGCCAUCUGUUUACAAGCGCAGAAGUGGAUGUACGGGGGUCUGGACAGUAACGUGUUCCUGCAGUAUUUGGCCUGGGUCACCUACCCCGUCGUCCUCAUCACCUUCUCUGCCGGCUUCACACAGAUCCUCGCCCCCCAGGCUGUCGGUUCAGGUAUCCCUGAGAUGAAGACCAUCCUGAGGGGCGUCGUGCUGAAGGAGUACCUCACCUUCAAAACCUUCGUGGCCAAAGUCAUCGGCCUCACCUGCGCUCUGGGCAGCGGCAUGCCCCUGGGCAAGGAGGGUCCGUUCGUACACAUCGCCAGUUUGUGUGCCGCUCUCCUCAGCAAGUUCAUGUCUCUGUUUGGAGGAAUCUAUGAGAACGAGUCGAGGAACAUCGAGAUGCUGGCAGCAGCCUGUGCUGUGGGGGUGGGAUGCUGCUUCGCUGCCCCUAUUGGAGGUGUGUUGUUCAGUAUUGAAGUAACGUCCACGUUCUUCGCGGUGAGGAACUACUGGAGAGGUUUCUUCGCAGCGACCUUCAGUGCCUUCAUCUUCAGAGUUCUGGCCGUGUGGAACCGAGACGAAGAGACCAUCACGGCUCUUUUUAAAACGCGUUUCCGCCUCGACUUCCCCUUCGACCUCCAGGAGCUUCCUGCCUUCGCCGUCAUUGGUAUUGCCAGUGGUUUCGGUGGAGCGCUGUUCGUCUACCUGAACCGACUGAUUGUUCAGUUCAUCAGGAAACAGAAGGCCAUCAACAGAUUCCUCAUGAAGAAACGUCUGCUGUACCCCGCGCUGGUCACUUUACUGGUUUCCACUUUAACUUUUCCCCCUGGUUUUGGACAGUUUAUGGCUGGAAAGCUGACCCAGAAGGAGUCUCUGGUGACGUUACUGGACAACCGGACGUGGGCAAGCAGGGCAUCGCCGAGGAGUUCGACUACAUCGGGACACUCUGCGGCCUGGAAACACCCGCAGGUCAACGUCUUCGUCACCCUCGUGCUCUUCAUCGUCAUGAAGUUCUGGAUGUCAGCGCUGGCCACCACCAUCCCUGUGCCCUGCGGAGCCUUCAUGCCAGUAUUCGUCAUUGGGGCAGCGUUUGGCCGUCUGGUUGGAGAAAGCAUGGCAGCCUGGUUCCCAGAUGGCAUCCACACAGAUGGCACCAUCUACCCGAUAGUGCCGGGAGGCUACGCUGUCGUGGGUGCGGCGGCCUUGUCGGGCGCGGUGACCCACACGGUGUCGACGGCCGUCAUCGUGUUUGAGCUGACGGGCCAGAUCUCUCACAUCCUGCCCGUGAUGAUCGCCGUGAUCCUGGCCAACGCCGUGGCCCAAUCGCUGCAGCCGUCGCUCUACGACUCCAUCAUCCGGAUCAAGAAGCUGCCCUACCUCCCCGAGCUGGGCUGGGGCCACCACGAGAAGUAUAAUAUUCGAGUGGAGGACAUCAUGAUACGGGACGUCCGGUACAUCACGCUGAACUGCUGCUACAGAGACCUGCACAACGUCCUGCUGACGGGACACCUGAAGACCCUCGCCUUGGUGGAGUCCAUCGAGUCCAUGAUCCUGCUUGGCUCCAUCGAGCGCGCUCAGCUUCAGGCUCUGCUAUCGAUGCAGCUCGGGCGAUCGAGACGUCUCGAGUUCAUCCGGGAACGAGCCAUGGAGGAGAAGAAACGUCUGUCCGUGGUUUCCAACCUGGGCAGCGAGGACGGCACGCAGCGCGCCAGCCAGGAGGUCCGCUUCCAGAUCUCCACUGAGGAGUCCUCCUUCAGUCCUACUCGUACAGUCCCUCAAAAACCCCUCAAACCUGCGCUGAAGAGACCCUCUGUGGUGGAGCGUCCCACUGAGAUCCCCACCAGCCCAAAUGAUAAUUCAGGUAUUGCUUUAAAGGACCUGUUCUGCGCCAGUCCCGACACAGAAGGCCUGGAGAAAAACAACAACGUGGAGAGCCCCGUGUCUCCUGAACUCAGGAGGCCGUCCAAACGAGUCCGGAUAUCCAUAGUGGAGCCACCAACGAUCUUAAAGAGCUACUUUGUGGACGACGUAGAGGUGGAGGAUGACAUGACCAUUAGAGAGAUUGCAGAGUGGGAGGAGAGGCAGCUUGAUGAGCAGGUCAACUUUACCAACUGCAAGAUCGACCCCGCCCCCUUCCAGCUGGUGGAGCGCACAUCACUGCAUAAGACCCACACCAUCUUCUCCCUGCUGGGACUCGACCACGCCUACGUCACCAGCAUCGGACGCCUCAUCGGGGUCGUCUCCCUCAAAGAG